AUGCAGUUCGCAUACCCUCCUCGAAAGAACUCCAACCCACCCCCAUUUGGGCGACGCUCGGGGAAAAUACCACCGAUUCUACGACGACUUCGCAAACGAACCAUUCUUCUAGGCUUUAUUGCAAUAGUUGGGCUUCUUUAUCUUCUCUUCGGGUCGAAGAGCGGCCCACCUUACCACGAGCAUGUGCCAUCAGGAAACCCUCCAGUCGUCGUCGUUACGGUCUCCGAUUAUUCAGAGUACAGCACUUCUUAUUUGGAAUCGAUUCGAAACAAUCGCGAGCAGUAUGCCAAAAGACACGGAUAUGAAGCCAUGGUUGUCAAAGUUAGCGACUACAACACGGGUGAAUCUCCCAAGUCCUGGGCCAGAGUCAUGGCAAUGCGCCAUGCGCUCUCGAAAUAUCCCGACGCCACAUAUAUAUGGUUCCUCGAGCAGAACGCCUUCAUCAUGGAGCUAGACAAGACAUUGGAGGAGCAUGUGAUGGCACCAGCGACGCUAGAGAGCCUUAUGAUCAGGGAUUGGUCUGUCGUGCCUCCGGACAGCAUCAUCAAGACGUUUUCCCACCUCAAGGGUCAAGACGUGAACCUCGUCAUCAGCCAGGACGAAGUUGGACUGGUCACUAAUAGUUACGUCCUCAGGAAUGGCGAUUGGGCAAAGUUCUUUAUCGAAACAUGGAUGGACCCUCUAUACCAGAGCUACAACUUUGAAAAGGCUGAGCGUCACGCUCUUGAACACAUCGUUCAGUGGCACCCAACCAUUCUCUCCAAGCUCGCCCUCAUUCCUCAACGCACAAUUGCCUCGUACGGCCGUAACAAGGAGGGCAAUGCCUUUAGGGAGGGCGACUUUGUGGCGCUCAUGGUCGACUGCACGGUUACGGGCCAGGCAUCGUGCGACAAGUUGUCACAUAUUUACCAGCAGCAGUUGAGAAAAAAGUUCGGCAACGAAGUCGCUUAG